UUUGGUACUGCCCAGUAGGUAUUUUAUGAGGGUAAAAUUGCGGGAGAGUUGUCACUGCUGACACUUCUGAGAACUGAAGCUCAUCCCUCAACUUCUGCACCUCUUGGUGCAGUAGUGCCAAAAUUGCUUGAAACAACUUCAGGUAGGAGCUUGCUUGAAUUAUCAUCUCUUCCGUUAAGGUUUUGCUGAAAGGCAAUGGAUUGGGCCAGCCUUGUUCCUGUGGGUUUACUCUUAAUCCUAAUUCUCCUGCUGAUUUUGAAAACACAACAUUUCUGGAGGAGCCAAGUGAAAUUCCCCCCAGGACCACAGCCUUUACCCGUCAUUGGAAAUCUGCACAUGAUGGACCUAAAGAAACUCGGCCAGACAAUGCUACAGCUUUCUGAAACGUAUGGCCCAGUCUUCACAGUUCAGCUGGGACUGAGGAAAGUGGUGGUGCUGUCAGGAUACGACACAGUGAAGGAAGCUUUGGUGAAUCAUGCAGAUGCAUUUGCUGGGAGGCCUAUAAUACCAAUCGUAGAAAAAACAGGAAAAGGAAAAGGACUUGUAUUUGCUCGUGGAGAAAACUGGAAAGUGAUGCGAAGAUUUACUCUUACAACCUUAAGAGACUUUGGGAUGGGAAAGAAGGCUAUAGAAGAUCAUGUUGUAGAAGAGUAUGGAUACCUGGCAGAUGUAAUUGAGUCACAGAAAGGGAAGCCCUUUGAGAUAAGUCAGCUGAUGAAUUCUGCUAUUGCUAAUGUCAUUGUAUCCAUAUUGCUUGGAAAGCGGUUUGACUAUGAAGACCCCACAUUCAAAAGACUUCUGUCACUGAUGAGUGAAAAUAUGAAGCUUUUUGGAAGUCCAUCUGUGUCGCUGUACAAUAUGUUCCCCAUCCUUGGAUUCUUCCUGAAGGACAAAAAAAAUUUUCUUGAGAAUUUAAAAGAAGUCAACGGUUUUAUCAAGGAUACUUUCAGAAAGUAUCUCAAAGUCCUGGACAGAAAUGACCAGAGGAGCUUUAUUGAUGCUUUUCUUGUCAGACAACAAGAGGAAAAUGGAAAGGCCAAUACAUUUUUUGAUGAUGUAAACUUAGUUGAGGUUGUGAGAAAUCUGUUUACAGCUGGCAUGGAUACGACGGCCACCACUUUGCGCUGGGGCCUUCUGCUCAUGAUGAAAUAUCCUGAAAUUCAGAAAAAAGUCCAGAAAGAGAUAGAUCAAGUGAUCGGAUCAAACCCCCCAAGAACCGAGCAUCGAAUUAAAAUGCCAUACACGGAUGCUGUAGUACAUGAAAUUCAGAGGUUUGCUAAUAUCCUGCCAUUGAACUUGCCUCAUGAGACUACCAUGGAUGUCACUAUCAAAGGCUAUUUCAUUCCCAAGGUAGGACACCAGCAGCACUUCUUUCCUUCCCUCUCUCUCCGGUAUGACACCUCUUCCUUUCCAGUCUGUCUUUCUAUUCUGCACUUCUUUGCAGGGCGAAGGAUCUGUGCAGGUGAGACUCUUGCCAAAAUGGAGCUCUUCCUUUUCUUCACACACCUUCUGCAGAGGUUCACCUUUCAGCCUCCUCCUGGAGUUUCCCCCUCAGACCUGGAUCUCUCUGCCACCACUAGGUUUGUCGUUGCCCCAGUAACUCAUGAGAUCUGUGCAGUGCCACGUUCCUAAGGACUUGUACCAGCUGCCUUCUUUUCCUGGGAUACUCACAUGAAAUAUCUUAGUUCACCUCUAUUCCUACCAGCGAAGUCUGGUACUUCUGAAUCUCGUAGGUGAUUUCUUGUCCAAGCACACCCUGACUCAUAGCAAGAGGUGUGUCACCCACCAUUCUAAAAGGUGGCAGUCCUGACCUUCUGCCACUCAUUGAAUGAGCAAAUUGAUAGUCCCUGUGAGGAUGGAUGAGACAAUCCCUAAACCACUGCAUGUUCCCCUCCAGAAAAGAGUCUGGGGCCAGACUUGUGGCCAGAGCUCACGGGAUGUUGCACAGAUCUCACGUACACACACAAGGACUUUCACCUUCCUCCUCCAGCACAGCUGCACUCAAGCUGCCCAGUGAAAAUGGCCCAUUACACAUUUUGUCCCCACACCACUGCCCCGAAUGUAUGUAAGGACACACAUAGAAAUGCAACUGG